GUUUCUGUUUCUGGCUAAUGAAAAAACAUUUUUUGUUGUGCUGGCGUGGGCUCUGUUAAUGCCAAACCCUUUGCUAGCUUUUAAAUGUAUCUGCAUAAAAGAGGGUGAAUUAGUUUGUGAAAUUUUGAACUCUACCUUUUUGUUAGUUGUAUAAUAUAUAUACUGCUUUUGAGUUUAAAGUGAAUUAAAAAAUACUGAGUAAAAUGAGAGUUUGUAGGAGUAUAUAUACGUUUACCUAAGCUAAUAAUCUGGCCAUGCCAGGGCCACAGUUUGCCCUGUGUUUCGUCUGGAUUCUUGUUGUAGGAACUCUUCUUCCGGAUGUAAGCGGUGAAGGUUUCGUCGGUUGCUUGUUCAGCCAGCGCCUUUGUUCUGAAGAUGUGGAGUGGUGUUAUGAUGAUUACGCCUUUGGCCGUUGUGUUCCAACGGCGUCUGAUUUGGACGAAGAGGAUUUUUACAGAUAUGACCUCGAAAAAUCAGAUUUACAUUCGUUAAGUACAGAGUUGAGGAGAUUGUUUGCCUUGGGGUACAGAUGGAGUCAUGCUUAUACCCAAUGCCGUCUUCAAGCAAUGCUUUUUGCCAUUCAAAAUGGAUUAACAUUCGAACACAACACCUGUUCGCAUUUGGUCGAUCAAGACCUCGAAGGCGCAUUAAAAGCUUUGGAACUGGAAGAUCCUAUAGAUCCCGACAAGGUGGCUAUUGUGGAAUACACCCCGAGUAAAGAAGACCCUCAUGCAGAUUUCGCUGACGAAGUCUACUAUCCACCGGGACUGGAAGAAAAACUACAAAAUUUACAAAAAGUAUUUGUACCCCAAAAAGGGGUAGACAUUUAUGGUAUACCAGACCCUUACAUUGACAAUAAUAUUGAAAAGCGUGUUAGAUAUCCCCGAAAUCGCUUCACAUCUAACGCUCCGGCCUUCGCUGCUGAUAACCAAUUUGAAUCCCCUUCGACCGUCUUACCGAGUCAAUAUUACGAUAUUCUUAGAAAUUUAGGUGAUAACAACCUGUAUUAUGCCCGUCAGUUGUUAAAGAAACGCAAUUUGGAACCAGAUAUGCGUGAACUUGGCUACGAUUUCUACCCAGAGCUCGAAUUUUUGAACGGCCUUUCAAAUGAGAACGCCCAAGGAAUGUCCAUGAUAAAUAACUACGACGUUCUGGAGAAAGUGCUGGGAAAUUUUGCAAAAAAUGAAAGGCAAUAUGACACCGACGUAAUCGAUUUAUUAACCAAUAGUCCUUCUUACAAUUCCUAUCCAGAACCAAAACAGUUUUCUGCUAAAUACAAUACCCCAAAUAACUUUCGGAAUGGGUGGGAAGCAAGAGAUUACGUCACUCAUGAUCAGGAACUGCCUGAAACUCGGGUUUACAUAAAUGACGACGACGAUGCCAAACAAGAAUAUGGAAGUGGCGAUCUUAGCCAACAAGAAUUGCUUUUUACUCAACAGCAUGGUUCUUCUAUCAAUGAAAAUCCUUUACAAAAAGAUUACGAUCCAGCAGAAGGUAGAGGAGGGCGAUCUGGGGUCUAUACGGAAGGAGGAUUGAUUUACGUUCCUGAGUCUCAAAUUUUGGGAGAUAGAUAUUCGAGUGCAGAAGAUAAGUUUAAAGAAGAACUGAGCGAAUUGUUAGAGAAAUAUGAUAUGGGUUUCAAAAGACCUGAACGUUUGGAUGUAAAGAAACCUGGUCCACCAUUUGAUACAAAGAUAUUUGAAAAAGCUUCCGUGGAUGAAACUGGAGAAAAUGAUGUUAAAGAUGCUGUUGUGAAGAAGGAACCUCGAGGGGCUCAUCCAAAUCCUCGUUAUGAUACUUCUAAUGUGGAUACUGAUUACGUUCAUGUGGUCUUUAAACAAAGUUUGACUACUUGGCAAGAAGGGAAUAAACUUAUUUCAGAACUUUGUAAAAUUUUGAAUCUUGAACCCAAAAGCGUGUCUCAUGGAAGAGUUGAUCGUAACGAAGUUACCUUUAAAGUUGGUCCAAACAGUCAGCAUUUGAACUCUACUGAGGUAGCCAGAAAAAUUGAGAAAAUAAAAGAAGAAUUCAGCAACAAAACAGGAAUGGACAUAAUUGGUGCGGGAGUUGGAGAUAAGGCAAAAGUGAGAUCCGUUUUCAAGACCCAGCUCAACGAUGACUAUCAGUUCUACGUAAUCAUCUUCUUGUUGUGUGGAAUCAUUGCAGCCCUUUUGGUAGGUCUAGGGAUCCUCUUCAUAGUCCGCAGACACAUUGCAUCAAAAGAAAAGCUCCACGGACUGACAAGACCAGAUUCCGAAGCGAGCAAAGACUAUCAAGACCUAUGUAGGGCUCGUAUGGCCACUAAGUCACAGCCAACCCCCGAUCCCAUCCACGGAAAAGUAUCAGCACUUUCCAAAGAAUCGGAACAAAGUCCUUCAAGUCGUUCCAGUACGUCGUCUUGGUCAGAAGAGCCAGCACUGCAUAACAUGGACAUCUCCACUGGCCAUAUGGUAUUAAGCUAUAUGGAAGAUCAUCUGAAGAAUAAAGAUCGCUUAGAACAGGAGUGGGUUGCCCUGUGGGCUUACGAAGCUGAACCUAAUGCCACCACGAUCGCUCUUAAACCAGAAAACGUUCAAAAGAAUCGCUACCCUGACAUUUUACCGUACGAUCAUUCAAGAGUUGUUUUGAACGAGCUCACUAAUGCAUCUGGUUCUGAUUAUAUCAACGCCUCCAGCAUAACUGAUCACGAUCCCAGAAACCCAGCUUAUAUCGCCACGCAAGGACCUCUUCCAAACACCUCCGCAGACUUCUGGCAAAUGAUUUGGGAACAAGGAACUGUUGUCAUAGUAAUCCUGACUCGUCUAACAGAAAGCGGUACCGCCAUGUGUCAUCGCUAUUGGCCCGAAGAAGGGUCCGAACUCUAUCACAUCUACGAGGUUCAUCUUGUCAGCGAACACAUCUGGUGCGAUGAUUAUUUGGUUCGGUCAUUUUAUCUGAAGAACACCCGCACUGGAGAAACCAGGACCGUGACCCAGUUCCAUUUCUUGUCUUGGCCAGACGGUGGAAUACCAUCUUCCACAAAAGCCCUAUUGGAAUUCAGAAGGAAAGUAAACAAAUCUUAUCGUGGUCGCUCUUGCCCCAUUGUCGUCCAGUGCAGCGAUGGAUCGGGAAGAACUGGAACGUACUGUCUGAUCGAUAUGGUUUUGAGUCGUAUGGCAAAGGGUGCAAAGGAAAUCGACAUUGCUGCUACAUUGGAACAUCUAAGAGACCAGAGACCUAAGAUGGUGGCAACCAAACAGCAGUUCGAAUUUGUAUUAACGGCCGUUGCCGAAGAAGUUCAUGCUAUACUGAAGGCACUUCCACCACAACCACCUGCAGUCGCCCAAGUUGAAAGAGAGAAGACUUAAAUUAAUAAAAAUACGUCACAAAAAAAUAUGCCCUUGACUUAUACUAACUGGAUAUUGUAAUAUUUGUCUGCGAUAGUAGGUCAAAUUUUUCUGAUUAUAUUUUUUUAAUAAUCAUUCCCCUUGAAGCCGAUCUGAAACCUAAUCUUAGUUUAAGCAUCGAAACUAAAUACUUCUUCAACUAUUACUACUACUACUACUCUGCACAUAUCGGAAUAUCAAAAAAAAUAUAUAUAUUUCCGUUAUCUCUCAAAGACAUAUACGAAUGUUUAAUCAAAUAUAGAUAUGACUUACCUACUUAAAAUAAUGAUAUCAGAGAUAUAAGAACUAUAAACUCUAGUUAUCUAUUGUCUCUAUUUGGCUUAUUUAUUAUUAUAAUUAUUGUUUUAAAAAGUAUUAACAAUUUAGGUAACCAGCCUCCCUAAAUUGUUACUACUUGCUAAAUUGUGGUAAUAUAAAAGUUAGUUUUGUUUUUCAAUGUUGCAAAAUUAUUAUCAGAACUUUAUUCAUGUAAGUCCAUUCAUACAUACAACUAGGAGCGGUGGAAGACCUGGUGUAGGUGGUGUUUGCCCCCCGCCGAAGAGCUAGACGUGGUGAAUUCAGUGAAUUUUACAAAUGUUUUUAUUUAUUCUGAUCAAAAUAUAUAUUGAUAUAAUUGAAAAACUGGAAAUUGAUUUGCUAAUGGAUGAAUGUAUUACAUAUAUGUAAUUUCAAUAGAAUGUAUUAGUAAUCGUUCAAAUUACUCAUUUUAUUUACUAAUCCGAGGCAUUCACCACUUGGGCUUGACCUAUUUCGCCGCCCCUACAUACAGCAUACAUGCAUACGUAUUAAGUGAUAUGUCCAAACUAAAUAUCCCCGUUUUAUUAUGUUCAAUUUUAAAGAAAUAAAUUAUGUUAUAUCCACAAAUAAUAAUAAUAAUACAAAAAUAUUUUAAUAAAUGUACAAAUAUGUCAUAAAAUAUAUACUUUUAUUAGGUAUAUUGUAAGGUAAAUUAUUAGCCUGUUCUGUACUGUUCAAAGAUGUAUUUUAUGAAACACAAAAGUCAAAAAAAGUUUAUUUGUGUGUA